UGACUAGUCAGUUUUAAGUAGGAAUUCAUAUCUGGAGUGUGCAGAGUGUAAUAUAAAUUACUCAAUUAAUAAACAACAAAAAAAAAAAACAUGUCAAAUAAAACGGAGAUCGAAAGUUUAGAACAAAUUUUAAAUGAACACAUACCUAAUGAUAAACUACAGGAAGUUAAAAGGAUUCUUUAUGGAAAAGAACUGAAACAGUUGCCAAUUCAACACCUACAUCUUGAGGAUGAUUUAGACGUCCAAGGAUACGCUUUCGAAUGUCCAUUAGAAUCAACACGAUCUCCAAGAAUUGUAAGAGUAGCAGCAAUUCAAAAUAAAAUUUGCUGCCCCACAACUGAGCCAAUUAUUAAACAAAGACAAGCAAUUUUUGAUCGGAUUCGUGCCAUUAUUGAUAUUGCUGGUGCUAAUAAUGUUAAUGUUUUAUGUUUGCAAGAAGCAUGGCCAAUGCCCUUUGCAUUUUGUACCCGAGAAAAACAACCAUGGUGUGAGUUUGCAGAAUCAGCUGAAGAUGGUCCAUCAACAGAAUUUUUGAAACAGUUAGCUAUUAAAUACAAUAUGGUUAUAAUAAAUUCCAUUUUGGAGCGUGACGAAAAACAUGGUGACACAAUAUGGAAUACCGCAGUUGUAAUCAAUAACUACGGUAAAGUGAUUGGUAAACACCGAAAAAAUCACAUACCUAGAGUUGGCGAUUUUAAUGAAUCUACUUAUUAUUAUGAAGGAAACACUGGACAUCCAGUUUUUCAAACACAAUAUGGUAAAAUUGCAAUAAAUAUUUGUUAUGGUCGCCAUCAUCCUCAAAAUUGGAUGAUGUUUGGAUUAAAUGGUGCUGAAAUUGUAUUCAAUCCUUCGGCAACGGUUGGAAAUUUGAGCGAACCAUUAUGGGGAAUUGAAGCUAGAAACGCGGCUAUAGCUAAUAGUUAUUAUACUGUAGCAAUUAAUCGAGUAGGUACAGAAGAGUUCCCCAAUGAAUUUACAUCAGGUGACGGUAAACCUGCACAUCGUAAUUUCGGACAUUUUUAUGGAUCUAGUUACAUUAGUGCCCCUGAUGGUUCUCGAACUCCUGGUUUGUCACGAGUUCAAGAUGGAUUAUUAUUUGCAGAUAUUGAUUUGAAUUUAUGCCGACAAGCUAAAGAUAAUUGGGGAUUCAGAAUGACACAACGUCUGGAUUUGUAUGCUGAAUCAUUUUCGAGAGCUGCAAGCCAAAAUUUCGAGCCCCAAAUAAUUUACGACACUUGUAGUGAAAAAUAAUUUGAUUUUAUUAAAAAAAAUAUAUUUUUAUACAGUCUUUUUAUGAGUUUUUUCAUGUCUUAAUUGAUGUGAUGAGCUUAUAAAAGAUUUGGAACAAUGCCUGCA